AUGAAUCGUUUCCUCUAUUUGAUAUUCUUGUUCUUCGUAGGAAUCGAAUGCGGUAUUUUAAGCUGGGAAGAAAAUCAACAAUUGAAAACAUAUUGUGGAACGAAACCAGGACCCUUGGAACAGUUUUCGAGCAGAAGAAGAAAUAUACUCGGUGGAGUUCCAAUUUCUGGGAGUCAGGCUCCAUGGGCUGUUCGCAUCAGAUUUGGAAAUCGGAGAUGCUCGGCAACAAUAAUCUCACCUAGACACAUCUUAUCCGCUUCUCAUUGCGUAAUUAGUCAUCAAGGAGAUUAUGAUCCCAUCCUAACACAAUCAACAGCGUUCUGCAACGAAAACGAUUGGGUGUUCACCCAAAACAACAAUCUAUUUUAUGUUACUAAUCAGAAGGAUGAGCUCGUUUCCGAAAAAGUCUCAAAGAUAAUUCUUUUUAACUACUGCUACCGUGCGGAUCCCGUUUAUGACGACAUGAUGAUUUGGGAAUUAAAAGAAGAUAUUCAAUUAAAUGAUUUUGCUCAGCCGGCUUGCAUUUCAAACAAUCCAAGUCUUCAAGCAACCUAUACAAAUGUUCGAAUGACGUCAUAUGGUCAUAACAGCACAAACAUGAAAAAUACAGAUCGUAAAGGGAUUUCUAUCUUAAGAAAAGGAGAUUUCAUGAUAGAAUCAUUGGCGAAUUCGGGGAGUGCAUUUAUUAUUGUUGACCAACAUCAGAAAUACUAUGUCAGAACGGGUGACAGUGGUGGAAGUGUGAUUAAUGACGUCAACGGAAGACACUUUGUCAUUGGAGUGGCUAGUUGCACUGAAGGCUCUGAUCCGUUCAAAACAAUAAUUACCUCCGUGUAUGCACACUUCAAUCAAAUUUGUCAAUAUACUGGAGUUUGUUGA